UUUUGGCUCCGGCACUACCAUGUGACGUGGCACUGGGCAGCAGCUGCACAUAUUAUUCUGUCCCGCACUCCGUUUAUCAACGUGAUAAAUAGGCGAACCUUAACGUAAGUAUUUUUUGCGUACGCCACCAGUUUGAAAUCACCUGUUCCAAGCCUCAUCGAACCUUAACAAAUCGUCACUCGCCUCUUUUGUGGCCUUAAGCUCGGUGCUGAAACGCUUUCGUGCUGCAAAUGGAAAAAAGACCACACCGCUUUAGUGGCCACCCAGUCGCCGGCGUGAACUGGAGGACGACGUUUCUGGUCGACGAGGUGUCUGACGUGCGCAUGUGCAGCGUUUGCGCAAUCAUUCCCAAGAAGACGCUGAAACUGCCAUGUUCGCACGUUUUGUGCGAAUGCUGCUUUGCGUGCGUCUCCCAGUCUGGCAGUGGGAAGUGCCCCGAGGAUCAGAAGACAUUCACGGUGGCGGAGUGCACACCCAUAAACUUCGCCGCCAAGAAAGUGAACCGCAUAAAAGUGUACUGUUGGAAUGAACCAAUGGGCUGCAAGUUCACGGGACCCCUAGAAGACCUUCUGCAGCACUUUGAGAACGACUGCGCCUUCCACGUGCUGUAUUGCGGGACAGGAAACCACUACAUCCUGCGCAAUGAGGCUGUAGAACACAAAAUGAAUGGGUGCCCCUACCAACGUUCGUGUGUCGAGACGGAGCCCUCAGCGUCGCAAACUACUCCAGUGGCUUCUCCAGACUGCAGCGUCAAUGAGGAACACGAGAACGCGCUUGCAAUAGACGUUUACCAAGACGCUCAGCUGGCUCCACUUCAGGACCAAAUGACUCGUCUUGCUAAAAAUGUCGCGUACCAUCAAAUCUUAAUAAGGGUACUCAAUGACGGCCAAAGGAAGUCUGCACUUACUGUUAGUAAUGUCGUGACCGAGGUCGUAACCUCAGCGAUAUCUGAAACUUUUCGAAAACAGAUAAAGGGAGCAAGUUUCGAGGAUCAUAAUGCCGCGAUGUCAGCCCUGUCACCGUCUUCGGAGAAGACAGUUAUUCUUAGAAAGCUUGAGCAAUACGCCAACGUAACGCUCGGCACUGUGGAAGAGUUACGUCAGAACAUGCGACAAUUCGAUCAUGCUGCAGUAAUUGCUCAUUGUGAGCCCACGCUUCCUAGUCGCGAUAGGCUUCGUCAUUUGACUAAAUUAGAAACAGCUAACUCUCAAGUGGGUGCAGAAAUACCUAGCGUCACCUAUAAUCUGACACCUAAAAAUGCCGACGGAAGACCGUACGUUCGCUGAAGUGACCACGUGGCACAUGAGACACCUACUUUGUCGUCACUGUAAAAAAGAUUGCUGCUGAAGACGCUAUGCUUUUAGGUUUGGAGAUCGAGUUUAAUGAUUUGCGUGAAGGUUCUCAGUGGUUGCCUUCUUCUCGGUCGGUUACCGUGGUACAUCCAAACGGAAGGAGAUUCGAUAUGCUCGAAGUCCAUGACCCACCUUGUUCAUGUAAGCGCAGUCUUGAUAAACUACAUCAUGCUCACCUAUCAUUUUUGGCAGAUAUCAGUCGCCUCACGAAGGGCUUUUGCCAAUACAAGAAGAUGACGAUUGAAAUAAAGCUGGCGACAUAAUCGAGUAAACGUGCUUAAGAAUUCCGCUUCAUCAUAUUCUGAAGAGUAAUUGUCCGCUGCUUCAUCACGUAUUAAUGUUGCAUCCUAUCUUCGCGAUAUCUACUCAGGGUAAUCAAAUAAACGUGUUUUUAUCACUUGCUUGCUUACAUCUUGCUUGCUUACAUAUCACUUGCUUACUUACAUAUCGAGCAGCGUCUUUAAAAAAUUAUAGGUUUACGAGUCGGCUGUGAUCCUACGAGAAAUCGACGAACAAAAGGCAGCAGAUGCGCGCUACAACAAAGCGGUAUUGUUUCAAGGUUUCAAACUGCUCCUCUACGCACAAUUUGUCGUCAAUCGUGCACGUAGUGUGAUUGUCUUAAAAAGAGCAACAUUAUUACAGAAAAGUGGCCUCUAAUAUUAUUCACUCUCUAACUUUAUCACUGUUUUUGUAAAGGAAGAUUUUGCAGUGUUCAUUACUCAUGUAGAUUUUUACCUAUGUAUGACUAGAGCUAUGCUCACUAAAUACAAUAAUAAAAAUGCAAUACUUGAUGGUUUCCUGAAGAA